CUUAAUAAUUAAAUUUUUAAAGUAAAAUGUUUCAUAGAAAUAAGGGAAUAAAUGAGGCUUAUAAUUAAUAAGAAUAGAUGGUGCCUCUAAAUAUAAGAAUGAUGAAAUAGAUAAAAGUAUCGGAUUGUGGGAAUAGAGCAGUAUUAGAUUAAUUUAAUAUCACUUAUUUAAAUGUGAUAACUCGAAAAUAGAAUUGCAUUCAAUAAUAAAAUAAAGGAAUUAUAAUAAUUAAUGAUGAUACAGGAUUUAUUGGUCUUAUAUUAAAUUUAAUAUCAGAAUUUGAUCAAAAUUUAUUUAAUAAAAUCAAUUAAGAUUGUCCCAAUUUAUUUUACUAUAACUUUAUAUUGAAAGCUAGAGUAAACAAAAAAGAUAUUGUCUUUGAUAUAUAGACUAUACAAUAAGUAAAUUAAGCAUCAAUGAUUACUUACUAAAUUAUAAAGAUCUUAACUUGGGCAAGAUUAUAAGAAGGAUAGAGAUAAUAGAUAUAAGCAAGGGGAGAAAAUGAGGAAGAUUAAUAGAUUCUCAUUGAAGUAAACAAUUUAAAUGAGGAUGUAAAAAAUAGUUUUUAUGUUAGAUCUUAACAUUUUUAAGUUAAAAUUCAAAAUAAGGAAAAAGCUUAAAUGAAAUUAUAUAGCAUUUCAAAGCCAUGAAUAAUAUUGAACUCCAAGAUAUCAAGUAAUUUAAUAUAUUUAGAUAUAGAAAAUCAAUAGCAAUCUUAUUAAAGGAGGGUAAAAUUAAAAAUGAAAGUGAAGUUUAUCACCUAACUUCCCCUUGAUGAUUCAUAUUAUAUAUAUUAGUGC